AUGGAGAAAGCCUGUGGCAACAGUGCCUGCAGAAAUACCUUCAUCUGCCACAACGACAAGAAGAAGUUUUGCUCCAACCGCUGCUACCCUUCUGUCAUUGCCCGUGCGGCUGCUAAACAGGCCAGCAGGAAUGGUGCCCUGGCUGGGGCGGCUAACUGUGCCUCUAUGGAUACUGUUAGGACUACACCUGCUCAGACUCCUGCGCCAACCUACUACGAGACGCCUGAUGACACUUCUACUCGCAAGACGAGGGACGAUUCAUGGAUCCCAUCACCACACUCAGGCUGCUCUCCCCCCACGGCACGCUUUGGCAGGCCCCGCCGGGAUCCUGCUCCUUCCACCGUCACUCAAACAGCAUGCAUUGCAGGCGUCAACGUUUCACUUCCGGCUCUUUCUCCUCCACAAGCUCGGCCCUUUUCGACACCGACCAGUCGAUCUCCUAGACCACCUUCAAUCGUUCAGCCUACACGCGUCUCCCAUGGAGACCUAGAUGAUCAACAUCUGGCACUUCCAUCUCCACUCUUUCCGUCAGAUACCACGCCUCCUCCGUUCUCCGACGCAUCCAGUUCUUCAUUUGAGUCAUCAUUCGACGACCUGGACGGCGGAGUGCUCGAAGAUGAAGAUGCCUUAUCUCCCGCCGACCUCUUUUAUGAGCGCUGGGCCCCAACAAUCCUGAACUGCUCCUCCAGGACUGAGCUGGACACGAUUGCCUCUGAUCUUGCUACUAACUGGCACGCUCUCACAUUGAAGGAAGACACACCUAGCAGCGAGGCCACCCGUCCUCCACGCAUCCCUCAGACGACCCCUCCUGGCUCCAUUCCACACAGGCAGCAGUCCAGACAGCAGCAGCGGGUUCGCCGCAAAAACAACGCCAAGCGAUGGGCGGCCGCCAGCAAACUUCAGGCUCUUUUCAAGAGAUAUCCCAAGCGAGCUGUCCGCAAAGUGCUGGGGGAAACUUCACAGAGCUACACUGGCUCGUCUGAAGCUGCAACUCUCUUCCUCAAGACCACCUAUGAGAAGCCCCGACCUCCUCCAGAUGACAUCCUGGUAGCUAGAGCCGCGUACGACGAGUGCCUUUGGACACCUCCUUCGGAUGAUGAUCUUUCCUUGCUCUCCUUACCACCUUCGAGACAGGAAAUUGCCUACAAGCUCAAAAGGGCAUCUAACACCUCUCCCGGGGCCGAUGGAGUCGAAUACAAAGAUAUUCAACGUCUUGACCCGUCUGGACGGCUGCUGGAGGUUCUGUACGCCGCGGUUUGGUUAUACGGCAUCCCGACUUGCUGGAAAUCUGCCCGCACCAUUCCGGUGUACAAGAAAGGCUCUCCGGACGACUACGCCAAUUUCCGGCCCAUCUCGCUCCUCUCCACCAUCUACAAGCUCUUCUCCAGCUCCAUCGCCACUCGCCUUACCACAGUGGCGUCCAACUGCGACUGGCUCUCACCGGAGCAAAAAGGCUUUCUUCCUGGGGUGCAUGGGAUCCAGGAACACACCAUGCUUCUGGAGUCGGCCAUUGAGGAGGCGAAACUGAAGAAGAGCAACCUCACCAUCUGUUGGCUGGAUCUUGCCAAUGCCUUCGGUUCGCUCCCCCACGACUUUCUCCACCAGCUAUUCGCGUCCCUCCCGAUUCCGACUGUGCUGCGAGACCUCCUCUCCGACAUCUACACCGACAGCAUCUUCCAGUUUGUGGUUGGCCGAGAACUUAUCACCGUUCAUCCCACUUCUGGUGUCCGACAAGGUGAUGGCCUCAGUUCCAUUAUCUUCAACCUGGCAGCUGAACCACUCAUCCGUUGCGCAAAGGCCCCUUCCAACUCUGGCUUUCCCCUUUUUUGCUCCAUGCUGAAAGCCACAGCCUACGCAGACGACGUCUCUCUCAUCGGCACUACCCCGGAACAGCUCCAGCCCGUUCUCGACGCUAUGCUUGUGGUGGCGGCCAAACUUGGACUCCGGUUCAACGUUGGGAAAUGUUCCUUCCUAGCAAUUUCGAAAGGAAAGGCAACACACUCCACACACCUAACCAUACAUGGCUCGUCUCUACGGGGACUGGAGGAGGGCGAAACUGAGAGUUAUCUUGGGGUCCCUCUCGGAACUCGUCUCACCUUCCGCCCCGUCUCCGAUCUGCCUGACAAGCUAACCAAGCUAGCUGACUGUGAUCUGGCGCCCUGGCAAAAAUUGGAAGUGUUCAGAGCCCACCUACUUCCGUCUCUCUCUCAUCAUCUUGCCACAGGGCGGGUCCUUCGUGGCUUCCUGGGCGAGAUGGACGCUCGCUGCUCUGAAUUUCUUAGAUUUGUCUCCAACGUCCCCCACACUGCUCAUAACGGCUUCCUCUAUUCCGAUCGCAGGGCUGGCGGCUUAGGUGCCUCUCAACUGGCAAAAGAUUCGGACAUCUGGAUCAUCGCUCGUGCCACUCAACUCCUCGAUAGCAACGAUCCGGUGGUACGCCUCACUGCCAGAGCCCAGCUCAGCCAAAACAUCUCCAGGGGAUUCAACGGCAAGCCGCCUGUUCCGCUGCCCCUCUCUAACUACCUCUCUGGCUCGGUAGAAGGCGGACUCCACGACACCCGUUUCUACAAGUGUGGCUCCAAUACCUGGUCCCGUGCCAGGAAAUCAGCACGAAGACUUGAAGUUAGGAUCGAUGUAUCCGGCGAUGAAUCGACCAAAGUGAUCGCCGACGACGUCUCCUGCCUCUCACUGAAAGCUGUAAGGGGCCUCCGCUCAGUCAUCCGGAAACGCUGGACAAUCUCCCUCACAAAUGCCUUGCAUCAGGGCAGGGUAGCAAGGGGGCUACUACUCGACCCAUCUAACGACGUUGCCCGCCUCUCAUCUCAUCGGACCUGCCUCUCAUUCAACGAGUGGAAUCUCAUCCACAAGAGCCGCCUCGGCCUGCUUCCGCUCCUCGGGAAUCCUGGUUGCUCUGCUCCCAACACCAAGUGCAGGAGAUGCAAGGUUGAUGCCGAGACUACCUCACACGUAACAAGCCACUGCCGCAGUAAUCUUCCGGCCAUUGGCCGCCGACACGACCUCGUGCUGGCGGAAAUUGUGAAAACCAUCACCAGGGCCGGCCAUGCAGCGUCUGUCAACAGAGUCUUCCCUGGCUCAACCCUGAGGCCGGACAUAGUCAUCCCCUCGACCGACCCACCAACAAUAAUUGAUCUCACCAUCACCUUCGAUGCUCCCGAGUCCCUCGACGCUGGCCAUGCCAGAAAAAUAGAGAAAUACAGCUGCCUGGGGUUAACUCUGCCCUUCGUUAUUGGCGCCUUGGGAUCCUGGCUCCCCUCAAACAACGCAGUGGCCGUCGCCCUCAACAUCCCCCCGGCUCCUUGGCGCCGCCUCCGGAGGAAGUGCCGUCUGAUGGCCAUCCAGGGAUCUGUCUCCAUCAUUCAUCGCCACAUCCACGGACAUGGGGAUGACCAGGAAGCCAAUAUUCCGGCUCCUUAA